AUGUAUGGUGCGCUCAGAGAGGUGGUUUCUGCAGAAACCGCCUCCGUAGUCACCCCCGUCAACAACGUGGACAUUAGCGGGGUUGGCGUUUGUGAUGCGUUGACUUACACAAGGUACAUAAGGAUCUGUGGUGCUACCACUACCUCAGAUACACCAAUGCUCAUGUUCGCCUCCACCAAUUCACUGCUUUUUGCAGUCUUCUUCUCAGCAUCUCUCUUCCUGGUCGACAGCCGUAUUACUGUCACCGAGUGUGCGAAUGGAACCCCCACCUGUUCGCACGGUCGAUGCGUGCAGCGCAUGGGCUGGGACGAGGAGGGUCAUCCGGUGGACGAGCAGCGAUGCAUCUGCGAUCCAAACUACUACGGUGAGGCAUGCGCUCUCCUCGUAGUUUCAGAUUUCGCCAAUCCGCUAAUCAUCAGCCCUGGCCCCAUGAACAUGUUUGCUCUGCCAGAGCCCAGAGGUCGUACCAAUACUGAUCCUGUCAAUGAGAAACACGCCUAUGGCGGUGCCGUCUAG